AUGGACGCUAUAAAGGCCAGCGUCAACGAACUUAUCCGCAACCCCGACCUCGCCCCUCUCUUUGCCAUUCUCAAAGGCGCUCGCAAUGGUGCUGUAUACGGCGCCAAAGUCAGAUUUCCACAUGCACUGGUGAUGAUAUUUUUGUUUCGGUCCGGAAGUCUAAAGAAGAAGAUAUGGAUGGUAUUAAACGCCACGAGGACGCAUGCACGAAACCUCGCCUACUUCGCCGUUGUCUACAAGUCGUCCAUGUGGGCGUUGAAAUAUAUUGGCCCUACCGGCUGGGGUAAGGAGGGCCCAUACGAUACCUUUCUCGCCGGGCUAUUAGGCGGAUACCUUGUCUUUGGAAGAUCUCCCGGAGAUGUCAGUUUACAAAUUGUCAUCUACGUGUUUGCACGAGUGAUGCUGGCUCUUGGACGGCUCUCCAUAGCGCCAAACCAACAUCCAUUAUCAUUCCUCAUCACACCCAAGGCUCGAGAAAAGAUAAGUGAUGCCGCCUGGCCAUGUUUCGCCAGCUUAAGUUGGGCGAUGGUCAUGUAUAUCUUCCGCUGGCAUCCAGAAGUUAUCCAGAACAGUCUGCGGAGUAGCAUGACAUAUAUCUAUACGGAUUCCGACCAUUUUGAUUCUAUCGAUACGCUGCUACUCCGGAAUAAAUAA